GAUCUAUGUGAUAGCAUCCCUAAUUCCUCAAGAUAUCUAUUGGCAAGAUAUCUAUUCUUCAUGUGAUUACUGAGAGCUUGGCUAGAUACAUGGAUGCCCACUGCAUUGUUGCCACAUUAUUUUUAAAAAGUGAAGAAAUGGAACCUGCAAAUUACACCAGAGUGACAGAGUUUGUUCUCACUGGCCUAUCCCAGACUCGAGAGGUACAACUAGUCCUAUUUGUUAUAUUUCUAUCCUUCUAUUUGUUCAUCCUUCCAGGAAAUAUUCUUAUUAUUUGCACAAUCAGGCUUGACCCUCAUUUGACCUCACCCAUGUAUUUCCUGUUGGCUAAUCUGGCCUUCCUUGACAUUUGGUACUCCUCCAUCACAGCCCCUAAAAUGCUCAUAGACUUCUUUGUGGAAAGGAAGAGAAUUUCCUUUGGUGGGUGCAUUGCACAGCUCUUUUUCUUGCACUUUGUGGGAGCCUCAGAGAUGUUCCUGCUCACAGUAAUGGCGUUUGACCGCUAUGCUGCUAUCUGCCGUCCUCUCCACUAUGCUACUAUCAUGAAUCGACGUCUCUGCAGUAUCCUGGUGGUUCUAUCCUGGUUGGGGGGCUUUAUUCAUUCUAUAAUACAAGUGGCUCUCAUUGUUCGACUUCCGUUCUGUGGGCCCAAUGAGUUAGACAGUUACUUCUGUGACAUCACGCAGGUUAUCCGGAUUGCCUGUGCCAAUACCUUCCCGGAGGAAUUAGUGAUGAUUUUUAGCAGUGGUCUGAUCUCUGUGGUAUGUUUCAUUGCUCUCUUAAUGUCCUACGCCUUCCUCCUGGCCAUGCUUAAGAAACAUUCAGGCUCAGAUGAGAGUACCAGCCGGGCCAUGUCCACCUGCUAUUCCCACAUCACCAUUGUGGUAUUUAUGUUUGGGCCAUCCAUCUACAUUUAUGCUCGCCCAUUUGACUCUUUUUCCCUAGAUAAAGUGGUGUCAGUGUUCCAUACUGUGAUAUUCCCUUUACUUAAUCCCAUUAUCUAUACCUUGCGAAAUAAGGAAGUAAAGACAGCCAUGAGGAAGUUGGUCAACAGAUAUAUUUUAUGUAAAGAGAAGUGAAAGUGGCAUAUUCUAGAAUCUUUCUGAAGGUCAUCGUUCUAAAGUAGGAAGCAUUUGCAGUGGUAAUAAUACUGCUUUUCAUCUGAGUUCUUAAAUUCCUACCAGAUUUUUUCCCCUCAAUUCACUGAAAAAACAAAGAAAUUAAGAUAAAAAUAAGUUUAUUCACACCCUCCAUGAAACUUAAAGCAGAUCACCAUUAGAAAUUAAGAUAUAAUGAUGGUGUAGGGGCACCUGGGUGGCUCAGUUGGUUAAGCAUCUGAUUUCGGCUCAGGUCAUGAUCUCGCAAUGAGUUUGAAUCCCACGUCAGGUUCUGUGCUGACAGCUCAGAGCCUGGAACCUGCUCCAGGUUCUGUGUCUCCCACUCUCUCUGCCUCUCCCCUGCUCAUGCUCUGUCUCUGUCUCUCUCAAAAGGAAAUAAAGAUUAAAACAAAAUAAAAAAAAAGAUAUAGUGAUGGUCUGCUAAACACAUUUUCACUAAUUGUUUAUUGAAUGAGUAUUCUGAAGAGGCUUUGGCUGUGAGGAGAAUGUUUGUUGAGAAAUAAUAAAAUAAAUAAGACCUGGGAGACAUGUUGUCUAUGAAUAUGAAGAAGUAAGUGGCUAGCAUAUGAAUAUGAGUAGCUUCACGUGACCAAAUUAAAUAUUGUUCCCAUGGUUCAGUCCUAGCCCAGUGGGAUGGUGUUUGGUAACCCACCUUCCUGGGACUAGAAAAAUAGAUUAUUUUGUACUUUAUCUUUUCCUACUCCAAGAAUUCAUGAUGGAAACUGAGGAUUCAUUUACACAAGCUGUUUUAAGUCAUAUUUCAUGUGGCAACCACUCAACAGUAUUGGUGACAGAACUCAAGAUUUUGUCACAGCCUACAGCAAUUUUUAUGAAUUCAUAGCAGAGUUUGUUACUUUGCGAGACUGUGAGACCCCCUCUCUUUCCAGGGGAAGUCUCCAGCCAAGUAGUGCUUUUUAUAGCCAGUCUCUACUUACAUCCUCCAGUGUGAAAGCAGACUUGGAGGAAAGGGAGUCUAGGCUGACUGGAAUAAACAGACAUCUAGCUGUGUGAUUUUUAAAAGGUUAUUAUCUCCUUUGCCAUUUUUGUGUGUUUUCUGUAUUUGCUAAUUCUUCUUCUCAUGUUAAAUUAGUUUAGUAGGGUGCUGCUUUUGUUAGCCCUAUAAUUCAGAGUUCUUUCCCAUUAACCCAUUUUUUUUCAUUAGU